CUGGCUAUGGCCGCAACGGGGCUGUCAGAUGCCGAGUUGCGGGCAGAGCUGCUGUCCCUUGGCUACCAGGCGGGCCCGAUUACCGAUUCAACCCGAAAACUUUACGCCAAGAAACUCACCCGUCUGCGGGCUGAGGUGGCGGCCGGACUUAGGAGCCGCAUCAGCUCCAGAGCGGUCCCUCCGAGCCCAAGUAGCUCCGUGAGGCCCGCAGCGGCCGCCCAGAUUGGCCCCAAAGCGACUCCCCGGGCCCACAUCUUGGUUAGGAGGGAGAGCGAGGACGAUGAGAGCGAGGACGAAGAGGAGACGAACGACUACGAGUCGUCGCGCAGGGAGGGAGCGACAGGGAGUAGAAGGCUUGCUGAGAGGAACCACUGGCCGACAGAGACUACUUUAACUCCGGAGAGGAUCCACUUGCCGGCUAGAGAGGUGGAUUCACCUAGCAGCCCCUGGAGGCCAAGUACUGGAUUCGCUUUAAAAAGAACCCAGUUAGAGGCUGAUGAGGGCUUUACAUCCCCCUAUCAGAGGGGGGCAGUGGCAGGUAGAUUAACUUCUAGUGCCCCAUGGAGACCAGCUCCCUCCAGCGAAGGUUUAAGCUCUGGCAAGUGGUGGGAAAAGGAGCAGAGCCUGAACCCCAGCCCUUCUUGGAAAUCAAGGACAGGAGAAAGCACUGGAGGGUUGAGUAAUUGGGGCUGUUACACAAGCGAGAGAUGGACAGCUCCCAGCCCCUCAGUAACAGAGAGAAGCAGAGAAGAAUUAACCUAUAGGCUGCCAAGAGGAGGAGAGAAAGAAGGAGCUUCCAGAAGUACCAAAACGGUCUUGGGGACAAGAGCAGAAAGAGAUUUAAGUUUCGGCACCCGUUGGGACGGGACUCAGCAAUAUGUAGGUCAGAAAUAUCAAGGCCGGAGUCCUGGAAAAAAGGGCAAAAGUCUAGAAUUUUAUUUGUCCUGGUUCCUCUGGGUGGCAACUUUAGUGCUACUGGUAAUUUUCUUGGGCAUCCUUUGGGUCAAGAUGAUGGGACCUGCUCUUCUGGAAGAGUCCAUGGAGAAUUUAAAGCUGUUGACCGUGGAUUGUGAAAAAAGCACAGAUGUUUACUGUCAGGAAAAACAAGAAGAAAUUACAACAACCAUAUUGUAUGAGUUGUACGACUAUCUUGCAAUUCAAGCUGGCAAUUAUGAGUGUGGCAAUCCUGAGAAUUUAGAAAGUAAAUGCAUACCAUUUAGUGUGGCCAAGGACUAUAUAGAGAAUAUGACUGGCUAUUCAAUAAAAAAAUUUGAAGAUGCAAUACAGUGGUUAUUAGACAGUGAUAAGGAUUCAGGAAUUUGGUUACAAGGCAAAGAGCCUUCAGAACCAGUAACCACUGUGAAGCAAGUGGUAUGUCUUGAAUCUGCUCGUCCCCGGAUGGGAUUAGGCUGCCGAUUUCAUCGAGCACUAUACACAGCAGUUACAAACUUAUUUAUAUUCUUUUGGAGUUUAGCUUUCCUUUGGGGGAUUCUGAUUCUUCUGAAAUAUUAUUGGCGGAAAAGGGAAGAACAAGAGCAGGCCAUGUAUGAGAUGGUGCAGAAAAUCAUAGAUGCUGUCCAAAAUCACUACAAAGAGUGGGAGCAGAAUCUGGAACGAUACCCGUAUGUUGGCAUCCUUCAUAUCAGAGAUACACUCAUCCCACCACAGGAUAGGAGAAAAAUGAAGCACAUCUGGAAUCGAGCAAAGGAUUUUCUUGCCUCCAAUGAAUCACGGAUUCAGACUGAAUUGCACAGGGUCGCAGGAGAGGACAUGCUGGUUUGGCGUUGGACACAACCAUCUUAUCUAUCUGACUCUGAUCAUUAGCUGUCAGAUGAGGCAAGACUAUGUUUCAACCCUGUGCAGAGCAGCUGGCUAGGGAAGAUCCUGUCGUCCGUACUCAGGUGCACUCCAGACACUAGUUAAUGCUUUUAAAAAAAAAAAAAAAAUAGAAAUGAUUCUUCAGGGUAGCCAUUUUCUGUAAGAGAUGUAAAUGUUGAUGUGUUGGGACAUAUCCAAUGUAUACAUAUCUCUUCUAAUAUAAUUAUUUUAAAAAAGAAUCACUUUCUUAACUGAGAGCUGCCAUUAUCUUUUCUCUGAUUCUACGGACUUCUGUUACACCGCUAAGUGAGAGGAGAGAUGGGGCAAGCCUUUGGAGACAAAUUGGGGAAAUGGGGAGGAGGGGCUUUGUGCUUUUUUCUUAGGCAGUAGUAGUAAGAGAACCUAACUGAACGUGGCAAAAUAUUGAAGAUUUUCACUAUAUUUAAAGGGUCUUGGUGAAGAGCACUAUAAAGCGACAUAUUCCUACGACAGAGAGAGAUUAAUUAGGGAUACCUGCAGGGUUGGCUUCAAACAGAAGGCUCUGUGAUCAAGCAUUUAGGCAAUGCUUCCAUGACUGGCAAACUGUUCUCUUUCGAUAUGAUGGUGUGGUUUUUGUACAGGUCACCUUGUUUGUCUCCAGGCUCAUCUUUCUGCCAAUUAUUUUAAUGAGGAAAAAAAAUCUUGCAGCAAAACACCAUACACCUUUGCUGUAAAGUCUAGAGAACUUGUAUAAUGACAUGCCAUCAAUGGCUCUAGAUUCCUAAUUUUUCUUAAAGAAUUUAUCCUACUGUUCCACAGAAGUAGCUAGAAUACAUUUGUAUUCAUAAUUAUAUAUACAUAUAUGGACACCUUGAUAAAUAUUUGGUUGAGGAUUUUUAUGGCUGUUGGCAUUUUUUUAACUAGCAUGUUUUAUUUGCAAAUACUGGUGGUAUUAGCUUUAAAUUUGCUCUUCUCCUCCCCCUGCUGGCCAAGUUAAAAAUUUUAGGGAUGAAAUUUGCAGUUAAGCUAUCUCUGCAAUUCACAACAGUUCAUUAUGUGCCUCCUGCUGAAAUCAGCUGAAAUUUGAUGCAGAGGAGAUAAAUCCCCCCCCCAAAAAAAAUUCACCAGGCGAUCUUAUUGGUUAAGUGGAAGAAAAAACUGAAUUCUCCUGAAUUUGUAGAAUAGACUGUAUAUUUAAAGCAAAGACAGCUAGCAGAUGUGUCUAUGAUAUUAGCCAUUUUAAUACACAUGCAUACACUCUUGAUGGGAUGGAAUGAAACAAAUCCCUGUUUUAAAUAUGUUUGUAAUUUCUGCUGGUAUGUGCAAAAACUUCCACAGUGCCUGCAUCUUAUGGCUUUGAAUACUAGAUCUGCAACCCCUUUGAAAAAUGAUUCAGAUUUUAAGUGAGCUAUUCCACUAUUCAUUAAAAUACUCUUUUUUCCAGACUACUAUAUGAUUUCAGUCCUUAACAGAAAGAUGUUUUACUCACACAUAGACCGAAGCGCUUCUUUGAAUCAUUUUCAAAGCAUGCACAGCCCUGUUAUGUAUGCACACAUUCAUUAUACUGUGGUAUUUUACUAUUUAACAUCAAAGAGAAAAUGUCAAACAAAAUUUUGUAUGGUUGAUUAAACUGCUCGUUUAUUUUUAUGUAAACAGGCUGGUGCUAUUUAUUAAAUACUUGGUCUCUAUACCUUUUAUCAAGGAAAUAAAAAUUUGGUACA